GACUACUUGACAGAAUGCACAUGAUGACAGUCACACAGCUGGGUGUAUGGGCUGGAUUGCUCUGCCCCUAUCUGCUCACUGCAAGCAUCCCACAAGACUGUAGGGAAGACCAGGGUAGCCUCUCCCGCUGCCCCUCCAUCUCCCAAGAGAAACUUCUUGACCGAGUCAUCCAGCAUGCUGAGCUCAUCUACCGUGUCUCAGAAGAAUCAUGCUCUUUGUUUGAGGCGAUGUUUGUCCCAUUUCCAUUACAGCUCCAGAGUAACCAAGCUGGCUAUACAUGCAUCACCAAAGCCUUACCCCUCCCGAGCUCCAAAAGUGAAAUCCAACAGAUAUCUGACAAAUGGUUGCUCCACUCUGUGCUGAUGCUGGUCCAGUCAUGGAUCGAGCCAUUGGUCUACCUUCAGACCACAUUGGAUCGCUACGAUGAUGCUCCUGACAUGCUGCUCAACAAGACCAAGUGGGUCUCUGAAAAACUGAUCAGUCUGGAGCAAGGGGUGGUGGUCCUCAUCAAGAAGAUGUUGGAUGAGGGAAUGAUGACAACAAGCUACAGUGAGCAAGGCGUCUUCCAGUAUGAUGUGCAGCCAGAGAUGUUGGAAUCUGUUAUGAGGGACUACGCCUUACUCAGUUGCUUCAAGAAAGAUGCCCAUAAGAUGGAGACUUUCCUAAAGCUUCUCAAGUGUCGACAAACUGACAAAUACAACUGUGCAUAAAACAUAAAUUGCAGCUUUUAAAUAAUACAGUGUUUAGCUUGAAAUUAAUUCCUAAGGUUGGUAGCCAUGCACUUAUAGUUAUGACCAUGCCUUGGGCGAUCCAGCCUUGCUUGCAGUGCAGUACAUUCUUUAUUGAUUGUUUUGGAACACCUUCACACAAAAAUAAGUAGGUGUAAUGCUGUGCCCUUUCUUCGUCAUACUGCAUUUUAUAUUCCCCUGCUCAGUUGUUAUUUUAACCCAGCAAAGGCAACAGAGGGCAAAUUCCCAAAAGAUUAUUUGCGUGUCGAGCUGUCAAAAGAAAUCUGCAUAUCCCGCCAUUGAUUUCCAUUUCCUUUGUUCUUAACCGGAGUUUGUAUUCCUCUCUGGCUCUUGCAGUGUUUUGAUUAUUCCCACGGCCCCCAGAGUAUUCAGUGUGACUCCCUUUUAAAUGGAGUUAGUUUCACUUCUGCAUUAGUGAAAUGAAACACUUCACUGGAGAUGGGAGUCAAACAGAGAGCAAUCACUACUUAAAAAAGACACAUUUUGAUUGGUGAA